GAAGAGUUAGUGGGAUUUUAACUUGCCAAGGUCAUCGAGGUGUACGUCGGUAUUUCCCGUUUGGCCUCGGUUAGUUCUGUUAGUGAGGGAGUAAUUGUGUUAAAUUUGGAAAAUGCAGAAGAUGAACAAUAGGGCAGAUAUCCAAAUUAUAUCUGUUGACGGUAGCAAGUUGGAAGGAGUAUGUAAAUAUCGAUCGAAUUUCCAUUUGUCUUUCAGGGUGGUCAGAUUCUGCGUAGUGCUGUAGCAAUAUCAGCGAUAACAGGAAGACCCGUGGAAGUAUGUAACAUACGAGCUGGUCGGAGUAAUCCGGGCUUAAGCAACCAACAUUUGGCUGCUUUGGAGAUUUCAGCGAAGGUUUGUUCAGGUAGCCUGACGUCUUGUGAACUUGGAUCAACGAAAAUAGCCUUAACUCCUGGUCAGAUUACUCCAGGCAGUUAUGAAGCUGAUGCAAAGACAGCAGGAUCAGUGUCGCUGAUGCUCCAGGCUGUUGGACCUAUCUUGGCUUUCGCUUCUAGCCCGAGCGAAGUUAUAUUACGUGGGGGUACUGAUGCUUCCUUCGCACCUCCGAUAGACUUUAUGAAAAAGGUGACGUCGAAUUACUUCAAGCGAAUGGGAUUGAAUUAUGAGCUGCAAGUCAUUAGACGAGGAUUUUAUCCACAAGGUGGUGGUAUUGUGAAGGUUUUGAUUUCACCUGUACAGGGAUCACUUACUGCCAUAUCACUUCUGGAAAUGGGAAGUGUACAGUCAAUAUCUGGAUAUUCGUUUGUAGCAGGAAAAGUUCCUGAGAGGGUUGCACACGAAAUGAAAACCGAAGCAUCUCGUUGUAUUGGAAAGCUCUUUCCCAAGUGUUCUGUGGAUAUUCAUUCCUUUCGGGAAAGUGAUGAUCGUUGCCAGGGCAAUGUUGCUACAUUUAUGUAUAUGUUGCAUACUUCAACGGAUUGUAUUUUGGCUGUCUCUGGAAUCAGUGCUCCUCGAGGUCCAUCUCACAAGCAGUUGGUAUCUGAAGCUUUCGAAUCAUUGUAUAAAUACGUGGAGAUUGGAGCGUGUUGUGAUGAGCAUAUUCAGGAUCAGCUCAUCAUUCCAAUGGCAUUGGCUAAGGGGAAGUCACAAAUACGGACUGGACCAUUGACAAUGCAUACUAAAACUGUGAUUUAUGUUGCUGAACUUAUGCUUGGUGUGAAAUUCGAAAUUCAGGAAUUGGGAAAUGGAUCGGCGAUCAUAUCGUGUGAAGGAAUUGGAUAUACACGGACAAACGUUGUAAAAUAAUGAUGGUUACAGUUGAUUUUUUGUUGUUGAAGAAAAUGGUCUAUUUAUCUGUUGGAAGUCACUUUACAGCUGUUGUUUUUUUCUACUUGUGUUAUUGGAUUGGAUUCGAUUGGAUAUCUUCGUUUAUGCUUUUAUUUUGUGGAAAUUCUAUGCAGUUUACUAUUUUUUUGAAAUAUAUAUUUUAUGUUAAA